UGGCUCUGAUCACCACAAAAAUAUCUGCACUUUACAUCAAAAUCAUCAUCAUUCGUCACUUCAAUAGCAAAAAUAUCCACAAAAAACACGCUCUUAAAUUGAGUUCCAACUCCAAGAGCAAACUCUAUCCGAGAAACCCUUUUGCUGGAUUUGGUGUGUGUUUGCGAUAAGCAGCGAAAUGGAGAAUCAAAUGGUGAGGAGAAGAAGCGGUGUUAUCGCAGCCCAUUUAGCUUCUCAUGAAGAUAUGUCAGCCUCUGCCACCCACGUUUUCCCCAUGAGCUGCAGCAAUAGUCUGAACACUGUCAUGGGGAGGCGUGACAACAGAACAUAUUUUGCUCGGCAAGGGUCCAGCGCUCAUGGUCCCCACAUGAGACAGGCUUCAAGCGAGCAGGGAAACUAUACACAACCUAGGACACCUUUCAAGACCACUGAUCAUGGAAACAAAGGGCCUAAUGCUCUUGGAACACCCGCAUUUUCCAGACCUGCUCAGUUACAACCUGAUAUUCCAAGCGUAAAAGGAAUCCAGACUGCAGAUGCUCCCAGAUUUGCACGGCCAAAUGGAAAACAUGGGCAGCCCGAGUUCCACUCUGAGGAGAAAACAAAUAAUUUUGCAUCGAAGGGAUCUGAGUGGUCGCCAAAAAUGGAUGUUUUAGAAUCUGGACUCAAUUAUGUUGUUACGUUGGAAAUUCCCGGUGUCAGUAUUGACAACAUAAAGGUGGAGGUCGACGACCAAAAUGUGAUUGUAACCGGGAAUCGUCCAAACUGGUCUUGCGCAGUGGCAUCUUCAAAAACAACACCGUGUUACCUCAGAAGGGAAAUUUUACAGGGUCCAUAUCGAAUUGUAUGGCCGCUUCCCACUAACGCAAACAAGGAGCUUGUUUCAGCAGAAAUUCAGGACGGACUUCUUCGGAUUACAAUUCCCAAACUUUCAGGGCUAAGGUGGCUGAGAAAGGCAUACAUGUAGCUUAAAUAUAUAUAUAUAUAUAUAUAUAUAUAUGUACUAGUACUCUGCAUUGUAAUAUCUACAGUGUCUGUUAUCAAUUUCUUCAGUGCUCUUGAUGCAGCAUAAAAA